AUGAGUGCGAGUGGAGCGACAGAGACGGCGUUGGAGUUGCUGCCAAAGCUGUUGAGUUUGGACGUGCCAUUGGAUAAAGAGAGAUGCAGCACACUGCUCAACUACCGCCAUUCGAUACUGCCACCUAGGAAAGUUGAAGAGUUUCUGUCAUGGGAACCGAGUGCGAAUAUAGUGGAGCAAUUGCAGGAGAUUAGCUCAGACGAGGGAUUGGAGCGUGUACCAGUUGGUUAUAAAUACGAGGAGGAUGGACAGUAUGUGAGGAUGAGGUUGGGAGGAUUGUAUUUGGUGUUGAAGGAGGAGAGCGAUGUUAAUAAUGAUAAUAACAUUGGCAAUAACAAUGAUAAUAACAUUGGUAAUAACAAUAACAAUAACAAUAACAAUAACAAUAACAAUAACACCAAGGAACAUUGGAAAUUUCACAAUCUUCAACUAGCAGAUAAACACACAAACAUGGAAAAUACAGGUUGGUACACAAACCAGGAUAUGGCGUUGGAUGCAUUCAUACUCACAGCUGAACGUGUUAUCAGCGACGCUAAUGCAAACGCUGGCAAACACACAGAGCAAGAGAAGGAAGACACGGCGAACAAGGAUUUCUGGGCAGAUUUCUCUGACGAAAGCGGUGAGAGCGGUGAGAGCGGUGAAGAGAAUCAAGGAAAUUACAUUCAAGACAACCAAGACACCUUCUACACGCGCCAGGCAGAAGAACAUAUCAGCACAGUGGAUGACACACGCAACUCGGAUAACCAGCUCGAUAGAGCCGUUAAAAUGGCAAUUGGUGGAAUCUGGGGGAUGUUUAAGGAGAGCAGAACGCAAGGGGAGGAUCACAGCAAUCACAGCGAUCCCACCAACCAAACAACCGAUGAAGAAAGAUUUCUUGAACUUGUUUUACAAUCAUUGAACGCAUAA